AUGAACGGGAAUGAUCCAAUCAAAAAGAUGGAGGUCGAACAGGCAAGGCUCAUAAGGAAUAGAAAGCAGAGAGAACGGGGCCAACGAGAUAAAUUGGGGAAUGCAAAGUCCAAACCUGGAAAAAAACAGCAAGAGGCUGAAAUCAUGGAAGAGGAUGAUCUGUUGCUGCGUACGACAGUCAGAUCGAAGAUGUUUCGGAAAGAGAAGACCAACAACCGCUUCCAACAGAAGCCAAAAGAAUGGCGAAAGGCACAAACUCAAGUGGAAGAGGACGAAGACAAUGACGAAGAUGAAUCGGAGGAGGAACGGGAAGGCCAUUGGCAAGAAGAGGAAGGUGAUGAAUAA